GUUUCUGGAACCUUGUCGAAUUCGUGGAACAACCUUCGCAAUUUGCUGGAGCCUAGCAACCCAGCCUUUAUUUUUUUUUAUCUCUCUUUCUCUGACUUGAGAAAUUUUCCAUAAAACCUUGCCGCAAAUUUCGAAAGGCGGAAUCGUAGCAGUUUUUAUUGAACACUUCACGGGAAAGGCUUGCAAAUUUGCUGAAAUAACUCGUGUGUCGGCAUGACUGCUCAAUUGAAGCUAGUGGUUUUCAUUUUAUUUGCAUUCCUCUUGUGCUUUUCUCACCAGCAAAGCCCUGCUGAAGAUGCAGUAGACAAAGUGAAAGAUGUCGCUGGGAAAGCCGGAGAUUUAGUCACACCGGAUGAUGGAACGAAAGAUCUUGCUGGCAAAGCCGGAGAUUCAGUCAAACCGGAUGAUGGAAAGGCGACAAUUGGUGGAAAGGAUCUUCCAGUUCAGCGUCCGAAAUCAAGAAAUGAAUAUGCUGUGGAAGGGCAAACGAGUUUUGGAAUUUACAGUUACUAUCAAUGGUUUGGUGUGGCUCCAUUUUGCGUCGGAAGUUGUCCCGAGGGAAUGGAUGAAGUCAUGACGGCGUCGGAGGAGCCCAAAGAAAUCGGAGGCUUGCCAAAUCUCGUUGUGCCAUUUGGCAAUUCGUGCAUUUCUGGAUCAAAGGCGCUGUGCCGAGGAAUGUACGACAAUUUUACUCCAUCGAUUUACGACGAGAAGAGUGAUGAGCAUAAGACGGGUGAACAUCCAAAAGACGGUGACAAAAAGAAAGGCGACGAAAACCAAGUCGAUUGCGAAUGGUACGGAACGGCGCCGUUCUGCGAAGGAGUCUGUCCGCCCCAUCUGAAAUUCGAAAGAGAAGCAAGGACGAAAGAUCAAGGCGAAGAAUCGCAGACCUCCGGCAAAACGUUGGGACCCUUUGGAAGUGCCUGUUGGACUGGCAAAAAGGCCCUUUGCUGCAAACAGUGAUGCUUUGUUUUUCUAUCAAGUGCAUCAUUGGCAGAGACAAUCCAUUUUUUACAAAAUGUUGGCCGAAAAAAAUUGAAGAGAUUUGUUUGUUCGCAAUUAUGUUGAUGUUCAUGUUAAACAGGG